AUGGGUCAUGCAAUAUCCUUUCUCACAUCGUCGGGCGCAAUAAAACCUUCGAGGCAAAUGGCACUUCCAGAUAUAAAAAUUGGCAUACCAUCCACGCUUAUUUGUAUAGAAAUGGCAAUUUUUGCCAUCCUUCACCUCUGGGCAUUCCCUUGGAUGCCAUAUAAGACCGAAAGCUCCAGUAAUAACAGCGAUAUUCCAGGGAGCCCUUGCAGCAUAGAAUUUUAUCAAGGAGGCUUUCUGGGUAUCAAGGCCCUCGCAGAUGCGUUUAACCCAUGGGAUCUCAUCAAGGCUAUUGGCAGGAGUGCCAGAUGGCUUUUUGUCGGACGGAAAAAACGUCAAUUUGAUCCUAGCUACCAAGGGCAACCGGGUAGCUCAUUUACUGUUAAGGGUACAGUAGUCGAGGAUCAGGAUCAAGAUACGGCGUAUGCUGGCGCACAGUCAAGCAAUGACGUAAUGAUGCGGCCAGGCAAAGGGUUCAAUUCUUCCCAUGGUGAGAGGGAGGAGUUGCUUGCGAAUGCUCAGGCCACACCUGUUACGGCUCACCCGUUCCACACAACGGAGUAUGCCCGGCGAGGGUGGUGA